UAUGCUCAGUUUGUGUUUUGUAUUUUCUUUCCCACUAAGCAACGCAAAGAAAGACACAGCAAAGACAAAAACAGAGCAAGAAACCUCAAAGAAGCCCAAGAAACCCAAGGAUGGCGUGGCUUCGAGGAGAACCACUCGGUCAUGGAAGCUUCGCAACCGUGUAUUUAGCGAUGCCCGGAAGAAGUUCCGCUCAGGCGCCUCCGCUAAUGGCCGUGAAAUCUUCUGACUUGUGCAACUCCGCGUCGCUCAAGAGCGAGAAACGAGUACUCGAUCAGCUAUCGACCUGCCCGCAAAUCAUUCGGUGCCUCGGAGAUGAUCACAGCGUCGAGAACGGCGAGGAGUUGUACAACGUGUUCUUGGAGUACGCCUCUAGUGGCAGUCUAGCCGAUCAGGUCAAGAACCGUGGAGGCUCGUUACCCGAAUCCGAUGUUCGGCGAUACGCGCAGUCGAUACUUUUGGGGCUUCGUGAAAUUCACGCUAAAGGGUUCGUUCACUGCGACAUAAAGCUUCAGAAUAUCCUCGUGUUCGACAAUGGAGCGAUCAAAAUCGCGGACUUUGGGCUGGCAAAGAAAGCUCAGCAAAAACAGAGCAAAGAAGAAAACAGAGCCGAGAUCAGAGGAACUCCUCUUUAUAUGGCGCCGGAAUCGGUUAACAACAACGAGUACGAAUAUCCGGCGGAUAUUUGGGCUCUUGGGUGCGCGGUGGUGGAGAUGGUGACCGGAAAACCAGUGUGGAGCUUUGGGUCCCAUGUGAACAUCUGCAACCUUUUGCUUCGAAUUGGGGUUGGUGAAGAAGUGCCACAAGUCCCAAAGGAAUUAUCUUUUGAAGGGAAAGAUUUUCUUGGGAAGUGUUUUGUGAAGGAUCCGAGAAAGCGAUGGACGGCUGAGAUGCUUUUGGACCAUCCCUUCGUUGCUGCUCAUGAUGAUCAUGACACUGUUCCAUUGCAAGACAAAGACGAAUCAACGACGCCGUCCUCGUCGCCGAGAAGUCCUUUCGAUUUUUCAGAAUGGGUUUCGGUGCAAUCUUCAGUUGUGGCUUCGCCGGUAUCGUCACCGGAUUCUGGUAAAUUAUUUGAUUGGGAAGCGAAUUUGGGGUUCGGUUCGCCGGCUUCAUCGCGUUUUUGUUCUCCGCUGGAUCGGCUACUGCAGCUGGUGACUGAUGACGCACCCAAUUGGUCCUUUUCGGAGAGUUGGGCCACAGUCAGGUGAUCGGAAUUGGAUACUUUUGAGCAGAGGAAGGAGGAGUGGAAAGUAAUUUCCGAAGAUGUUUCAAUUUUUCAUGACAUCUAACGGUUCUGAUUGAGUUUAGUUCAUUAACAAUUGAUUGUGAUCCCUUUGAUCGUAAAUACUAGAAUGUAGAGAGAUAUUUGUUUGGCAUUCUGACUUUGAUUGGCCACCUCAAGUGGCCUGGUGUAUAUAGCAAACAUAUAUAUUUUUUUUUUUAUGAGUAAAAAUUUGAAGAAUUAUUUUUGAGAUA